CAGAACAAAGUCAAGAUAAAGACAAAGUCUUCAAAGAUCAUCCUGAAUUACUUAAAUUGUUUAAACAGUUCAAGAACAUCGAUGAGAUCCAAACAUACCAUAUAUUGGUAUUACUUUUAAGACUACGACAAAUGUGCUGUCACCCAAUAUUGAUCAAAGGACCUAUUACAGAAGAGAGUAUUAAAAAAGAGGAUAAUAUGGAGAGUAUCCCAGAAGAUGACAUAGAUGCAACUUAUAAUGAUUCAUGUAAUGAAAACAAAGACAUUGAUACUUCUCCAAACAAUAUUGACUUGUCAGAUCUUAUGAGUUGCCUUACAUUGGAAGAUGAACCUGUUAAGAUAAAGUCUGUGGUUGACAGAAACAUAUUCCAAAAAACCUAUGUAUCUUCCAAGAUAAAAAAAAUUUGCGAUUUGGUAAAUCAAAAAAUAUUAAUCAAUGGUGGCAAUGACAAAGCAAUCAUUGUAAGUCAAUGGCCAAGUUUUCUUUACUUAAUUAAAAAAAAUUUGGCUCAUUAUAAUGCUAAGAUAGAAAUGUUUUCGGGAGCGAUUCCAAUUCAAAAAAGGAACAAAAUCAUCCGUGAUUUCAACAAUCCUGAUGAAGGACCUCAGAUAUUGCUGCUUUCGCUGAAAGCUGGUGGCGUCGGCCUUAAUUUAAUGGCUGCUAAUCAUAUGUUUUUAAUUGAUGUGCACUGGAAUCCACAACUUGAAGCACAAGCGUGCGAUCGGGUAUACAGAGUGGGUCAAAUUAAACCAGUUUAUAUUUAUAAAUUUAUUAGUAACAACACAAUUGAGACAAGGAUAUUAAAUAUUCAGACACUUAAAUUACAAAUUGCCGAAAAUCUCUUCAAAGGCACAUCAGUGGCUUCGUCUAAAAUAACAAUAGACGAUCUGAAACAGAUUUUUCAAUUUCAUUGAACACAAAAGUCAUAUUAUAUAAUUUUGAUUUAAUUAUUAGUUAAGUUUUUAAAAUGUUCUUUGAUAU